GCCGCCAUUCCUGUCAACAAUGUCCUGUCUGGGAACGCUCUGCAGUACAAGAGGGGAAGCAAGGCGUUAAAACUGGCAUAUCGAUGGACCCCUUGUUAGUUUGAAGUCACCUCUACACCAGCAAAACUUUAAGACUAGUCACAAUCAUGGCAAGCGAACUUGAACUGAACGACACUCGUGUCGAAUUCAUAGCGGACUAUGUUUUGAAGACCAUGAAACUGAAGCCUGAUAAAUGGAUGAAAAUGUAUAAUGUGGACGAAGUGAAGCAACAGUUUUUGGACUACUUUGAAAAAUCAGAACUUGCAUCACUUAUUAUAUCGUUGAGCAGCUCUGGGACACUUUCUGUGGGGUUUGAAUGGCCAUUAAGCCCAAAAGGAAAAGCCUGUUACUUUGUGAAAAAGGCAAGGGAGCCAAUCCAAAAAGACACACCUUUGAGAACUGCAUUACUAUACGGUGAUCUUGCUCUUUCACCACUGGAUCAGCUAUCAGCAUUUGUCGAUGAGGUUCUAGUGCCACUGUUGUCUAAUGAACGAAACCAUGACCACUGGCCAAAGGUUGUUUCCCAUGAUGUCACACGCCAUGUACAUAGCCUCAAGAGCAAUGUGUAUGUUGUGUCAGGACAAGCUAAAGGCAAGACAUUGCUUCCACUGCCUGUUGGAGCUGAGAGAGUGGAGGAGGCAACAGUUGAAGAUGAAAAGGACACUUAUGACAGAAACCUAGUCCAUGCAAUUGAAUCUGUGAUAAUUGAAUGGACACAUCAAAUCAGAGAUGUUCUUAAGAGGGAUUCUGCUCAGCCUCUUUUGGAGGGACUUGACCCAACCCCAUUUGUGGAACUUGACUUCUGGAAGAACAAGGCCACAAACCUUGAGUGUAUUUAUGAACAGCUGAGGGAUCCAAAGGUGAGGAAGAUGGCUGAAUUACUUGAGAGAACCAACAGCAGUUACUUCCCUUCUUUCAAGAACAUUUUCAGGGAUGUGGUGGCAGCUCUGACUGAGGCACAAGACAUCAACCUGUACCUGAAACCUCUGAGACAUCUCUUUGAGGAUCUGGAGCAGGCUGAGUUUGAUGAGAGCAUCCCAAUGCUUGCCCCUCUCUUCCACACCACAUGUCUUGUAUGGGCCAACUCCAAGUACUACAAUACUCCAGCCAGGAUCAUUGUACUCCUGCAGGAGAUAUGCAACAUGGAGAUUGAAAUGGCUAAAAACUUCCUUGAACCUUCUGAGCUGUUCAAGGGUGAGGUUGAAGAGACAGUGGAGAAGGUCUGCAAAGCAAGUAAAGUUCUGCAGAGUUUCCGCAACACAUAUGAAGAACACAAGGACAAACUGAAGACUUAUUUCCCUGAAGGGGAAGAAGCAAGAGAGUGGGAGUUUGCCCCACAACUGGUCUUUGCAAGAUUUGACAAAUUUGCUGACCGAGUGGAAACUAUCAAGGAACUUAUGGAAACUGCCUUGGAAAUGAUGAAACUUGAGAAGAUUGAGCUUGGUGGUAUCAAAGGGAAGUCACUCAGUGCUCAGGUUGUGCAGAUCUUUGAAGAGUUCAAUGAAGUUUACAAGGUGUUUUCUGACCGUUCUUAUGACUGUCUUGACCCAAGCAGUAAGGAAUUCCUUGAUGACUACAACAGUUUCUUAGAGAAAAUUGGAGACUUUGACAGAAGACUGGCAACCAUAAUUUGUCAAGCAUAUGAUGACUGCUCAGGACUGGAGGCCAUCUUCAAGCUAAUUGACAUCUCAGGAACACUGCUGGAGAGACCUCUCAUCAAGAGUGAUUUUGAUAAGAAAUACCCAACCAUUGUCACAAAGAUAAAUGACUGCCUUGAUGAAGCCAAAGUUAUCUAUGAUAAACAAACGUUAAUCAAGAAAGAGACAAAGAGGGCACCCAUUCACAAGAAUAUGCCGGGAAUGUCAGGUGGACUACGAUGGGCCAAGGAACUCCGGGAUAGAAUAUCUGUACCCAUGGGAAACCUCAAACAUAUUGAGCACCCAUGUCUGGAAAGUGAAGAAGCAAGACUGGUGUUUACAAAGUAUGAAGAAAUGAUGAAACUGCUUGGAGAGUGGGACGGACAAAUCUACAAUGAAUGGACACAGGGUGUGGAUGAGGCUUGCUCAUUUAACCUGUCACAGCCCAUUCUCACUAGAAGUGAGGAGUCAAAACUCAUCACUGUCAACUUUGAUCCACAGCUUGUGGCAGUGCUAAGAGAGGUGAAAUAUCUAGAAAUUCGUUCAGAAGAGGAAAUUCCACAAAGUGCUAAUGCUAUGUAUGACAGAAAUGACACAUUCAGGAAGUAUCUUGCCAAUUUGGACCUUACUGUGCAGUGGUAUAAUAAAGUCAGGUCUACUGUGCUGGAGGUAGAGUAUCCACUGAUAGAGGGACAGUUGAAUGAUAUCGACGUCCAACUGGAACAAGCAGAGAAAACUCUCAACUGGAAUGGAGAUGGUAUAUGGGAUUAUAUUCAGGAAACAAGGGACAAGGUGCAUGACUUAGAAACACGAGUUCAGAAGGCCAAGGACAAUGUUGAAAAGAUCCAGAAAAUUAUGACGACAUGGAGCAAGAACCCCUUGUUUGUGAGGAAGGAGGAUAAGUAUGAUUCCUUGUUGAAUCUGGAUGACAGGGAAGAUAGGCUCAAUAAGCGCUACACAGAAAUCAAGACGGCUGGAGAGAAAAUACAUGGUUUACUGAAGGAAAAUCUGGAGUUCUUCAAGGCAGAUGCACAGUCAGACACAUGGAAAGCUUAUGUUGACUAUGUAGAUGAAAUGAUUGUGGAUGGAUUUUUCAAUACCAUGCAUUGUAGUUUGCAACACUUCUUGGACAAUACUGAUCAGAAGAAUACUCCACCUUCACUGUUUGAAGCUCAUUUGGAGCUGCAUGUGCCAGACAUGGUGUUCUUGCCGUCACUGGACUAUGGUAUUGCUGAUGGCUUCUACGACUUAGUGGAUGGGCUUGUUGGGGAUAUCUAUAAACAAUCCUCUCUCAUUCCAAGACUGGCAGUGCACAGUGGCCAGGAACACUAUCAGCCUGACUUAGAGGACACGGAGGAAUUAAGUGAAAUGCGGACAGAUCUGAUGGAAAGAGUACAAAACAUCAUGAACAAGGCAUGCGAGUACCGCAACUCCUUUGACAACUAUGCCUACUUGUGGGUAGAUGACCGUAAUGAAUUUAUGCGACAGUUCCUGCUGUACAAUCACGUGCUGACCACUGAAGAGCUUGAAGCCCAUGCUGAUGAGGGUGUGCCUGAAUGUCCACCUACGCUUGAUCAGUUCAAAGAACAGAUCGACACGUAUGAAAAGAUCUAUGAAGAGGCAGAGCAUAUUGGGGGAAUGACGAUAUUUGAGAGUUGGUUUAGAGUUGAUGCUAAACCCUUCAAACAAGCCCUGCUUAACAUCAUCAAGAGAUGGAGCUUCAUGUUCAAACAACAUCUCAUUGACCAUGUCACCAACAGCUUGAAUGAGUUGUCUGACUUCAUCAAGGUGACAGACACCGGUCUGAACACACCAGUUGAGGAGGGAGACUAUGACGGGCUGGUGAAUGUCAUGGGGCAUCUGUUUUCUGUGCGAGAGAGACAGAGUUCCACAGAUGAGAUGUUUGAACCUCUCAAACAUACCAUUGAACUGCUGAAAACAUAUGAACAGGAGAUGCCAGAGGAAGUGCAUGUCCAGCUUCAGGAACUACCAGAACAGUGGAACAACACCAAGAAAAUUAGCAUCACCAUCAAACAGACAGUUGCACCACUGCAGGCUAAUGAGGUGGCCAACAUUCGUAAGAAGAGUGCCACCUUUGAUGUCAACCAACACAAAUUCAGAGAAAGGUUCAGGAACAUCAAACCAUUCAGAUACGACUGUGAAAGGCCGUAUGACUUGCUUGACAAGAAUAAUGAAGAAAUCCUUACCAUGGAACGAGAAAUGGCAGUUCUUCUGGACAGUGCUGGUCUGUUUGAGGUGAAUGUUCCUGACUUCAAGCAGCUGAAACAGUGUCGUAAGGAAAUCAAGCUACUCAAGAUCUUAUGGGACUACAUCACCAUUGUGCGCAGUAGCAUAGAUGACUGGAAGACAACACCAUGGAAGGAAAUCAAUGUUGAACAGAUGGACAUGGACUGUAAAAAGUUCGCCAAGGAUAUCCGCACCUUGGACAAGGAGAUGCGAGCCUGGGAUGCCUAUGUUGGUGUUGAGGACCAGGUGAAGAACAUGCUGACAUCACUCCGAGCUGUCAGUGAGUUGCAGAACCCAGCCAUCAGAGAGAGACAUUGGCAGCAGCUGAUGGCAGCCACCAAGGUGCGCUUCAUGAUGGAUGAAAGCACAACCCUGGCUGAUCUCCUCUCCCUCAACUUGCACAACUAUGAGGAGGAGGUGCGCAACAUUGUGGACAAAGCUGUGAAGGAGAUGAGUAUGGAAAAGGUCCUUAAAGAGCUGGACGUCACAUGGUCCAACAUGGAGUUCGAACAUGAGAAGCACUCCCGUACUUCCAUCACAAUGAUCAAAACCAGUGAGGAGCUCAUAGAAACACUGGAAGAUAACCAGGUACAACUUCAAAACAUGAUGACAUCAAAGUACAUCGCUCACUUCCUAACUGAGGUGUCUGGCUGGCAGAAGAAGUUGUCUACAGCAGAUCAGGUGAUCACCAUCUACAUGGAGGUACAGAGGACCUGGUCUCAUCUGGAGAGUAUCUUCAUUGGCUCCGAGGACAUUCGGAACCAGCUGCCAGAAGAUUCCAAGAGAUUUGACAACAUAGACUCUGACUUCAAGGAAUUAGUUGGUGAAUUUGAGAAGAGUAAGAAUGUUGUGGUUUCAACCAACCAGCCUAAAUUGUAUGAAAGAUUAGAAGCAUUGCAAGGUUCGCUGUCAAUUUGUGAAAAGGCUCUUGCAGAAUACUUGGAGACAAAGCGUCUUGCCUUCCCAAGAUUCUACUUUGUGUCAUCAGCUGACUUGCUGGAUAUAUUGUCCAAUGGCAAUAACCCACCAGUGGUGUCACGCCACUUGACCAAACUGUUUGACAGUAUGGCUAAACUCAAGUUUGAUAUGGACUCAAAUGAUGUUGAGCUCAAGUCAGCAAGUGGAAUGUACAGCAAGGAUGGAGAAUAUGUUGAUCUGGACAAAAAGUGUGAUCUUUCAGGACAGGUUGAAGUCUGGUUGAAUAGAUUGCUAGACUCCCAAUGCAGCACAGUGCGUCAUGAGCUAACAGAGGCGGUGACUGGAUAUGAAGAGAAGCCUCGCGACCAGUGGUUGUUUGACUUUCCCGCCCAGGUUGCUUUGUGUGGGACACAGAUCUGGUGGACGACUGAAGUUAACAUCGCUUUUGGACGUCUUGAAGAGGGCUUUGAGAAUGCAUUGAAGGACUAUAGCAAGAAACAGGUAAACCAGCUGAAUGCCUUGAUCACCAUGCUGCUGGGAGAUCUGACCAAGGGUGACAGACAGAAGAUCAUGACCAUCUGUACCAUUGAUGUGCAUGCUCGAGAUGUUGUCACUAAACUCAUCACACAGAAAGUAGAUAAUUCCCAGGCCUUCACAUGGCUGUCACAGCUCAGACACAGAUGGGAUGACAAUGAGACAGACUGCUUUGCCAACAUCUGUGAUGCCCAGUUCCGUUACUCUCAUGAGUAUCUCGGCAACACUGCUCGUCUUGUCAUUACACCAUUGACUGACAGAUGCUACAUUACACUGACUCAGUCUCUCCACUUGAUCAUGAGUGGUGCUCCGGCCGGCCCUGCUGGAACAGGAAAGACAGAAACAACUAAGGAUCUGGGCCGGGCUCUGGGUAUUAUGGUGUAUGUGUUCAACUGCUCUGAACAGAUGGACUACAAGUCUAUUGGUAACAUCUACAAGGGUCUGGCACAGUCUGGCUCCUGGGGUUGCUUUGAUGAAUUCAACCGUAUUGCUGUAGAAGUGUUAUCUGUGGUGGCUGUGCAGGUCAAAUGUAUUCAGGAUGCUAUCCGUGACAAGAAGAAGAUCUUCAACUUCCUUGGUGAGACCAUCAAAAUGAAACCCACUGUUGGAAUCUUCAUCACCAUGAACCCUGGUUAUGCUGGUAGAACAGAGCUGCCUGAGAACCUCAAGGCUCUUUUCAGACCAUGUGCUAUGGUGGUUCCUGACUUUGAGAUGAUUUGUGAAAUCAUGUUGGUGUCUGAGGGUUUCUUGGAUGCCCGUUUGCUGGCCAGGAAGUUCAUCACUCUGUACAGUCUGUGUAAGGAGCUGUUGUCUAAACAGGAUCACUACGAUUGGGGUCUGCGUGCUAUCAAGUCAGUGUUGGUGGUAGCUGGUUCACUCAAGAGAAGUGACAGAGGUAGACCUGAGGAUCAAGUGUUGAUGAGAGCAUUGCGUGAUUUCAACAUCCCCAAGAUUGUUGCUGAUGACAUGCCUGUAUUCAUGGGUCUCAUUGGAGAUUUGUUCCCAGCUCUGGAUGUGCCACGUAAACGUGACAUGGAGUUUGAGAAGCAGAUCAAACAGGCAACCCUAGACCAGAAGCUACAGCCAGAGGACAACUUCAUUCUGAAGGUGGUACAACUACAGGAGCUGUUUGAGGUGCGUCAUUCCGUCUUCCUGUUGGGUAAUGCUGGUACAGGCAAGAGCAAAGUGUGGAACACUCUCAUGAGAACAUAUAAAAAUCUCGGGAAGAAACCAACCUCAGUGGAUUUGGACCCAAAGGCUGUCACUAAUGAUGAACUGUUUGGAGUGAUUAACCCAUCAACCAGAGAGUGGAAAGACGGCUUGUUCUCUGUGAUCAUGAGAGAUUUGGCUAACAUGACAGGGGAUGGCCCUAAGUGGAUUGUUCUUGAUGGUGACAUUGAUCCUAUGUGGAUCGAGUCUCUCAACACUGUGAUGGAUGACAACAAGGUGCUGACACUGGCUAGUAAUGAGCGGAUUCCUCUCACUCCUUCUAUGCGACUGCUGUUUGAGAUCAGCCACUUGAAGACUGCCACACCAGCCACUGUGUCCAGAGCUGGUAUCCUCUUUGUCAACUCCCAGGACUUGGGCUGGAACCCGUAUGUCCAGAGUUGGAUUGACAGCCGAGAAGUUCAGUCUGAGAGGGCCAACUUGCUCAUACUGUUUGAUAAGUAUGUUCCCAGCUGUCUUGAAACAAUGCGUCAUCGCUUCAAGAAAAUUACACCAAUUGCUGAGAUCUCCCAUAUCCAAAUGUUGUGCCAUCUGCUUGAGUGCCUGCUGACCCCAGAGAACACCCCACCUGACUGCCCAAAGGAGCUGUAUGAGCUAUACUUUGUCUUUGCGUGUGUUUGGGCCUUCGGAGGAUCCAUGUUCCAGGAUCAGCUUGUUGAUCAUCGUGUGGAGUUUACCAAAUGGUGGGUGACAGAGUUCAAAACAAUCAAAUUCCCCUCAGCUGGAACAGUAUUUGACUACUAUAUUGAUCCAGAAAGCAAGAAGUUUGAGACAUGGACAAAGAGAGUGCCAAAGUUUGAAUAUGAUCCCGACAUACCGAUGCAGGCUGUUUUGGUGUACACCGCUGAGACGAUACGAGUGAAGUUUUUCCUGGACAUGUUGGUGAACAUCCGUCGGCCGGUCAUGUUGGUGGGCAAUGCUGGUGCUGGAAAGACUGUAUUGAUGGGAGACAAGCUGAACAGUUUGUCAGAUGAGUUCAUGGUUGCUAAUGUACCCUUCAACUUCUACACCACCUCAGAGAUGUUGCAGAGAGUGUUGGAGAAGCCCUUGGAGAAAAAGGCUGGACGUAACUAUGGUCCUCCUGGUAGCAGACGUCUUGUCUACUUUGUGGAUGACAUGAACAUGCCUGAGGUAGACAAAUACUUCACAGUGCAGCCGCAUACUCUCAUCCGUCAACACAUUGAUCAUGGUCAUUGGUAUGACAGGACCAAGCUGUCACUGAAGGACAUUCACAACACCCAGUAUGUGGCCUGCAUGAACCCCACUGCUGGUAGCUUCACCAUCGACUCCAGAUUACAGCGUCACUUCUGUGUGUUUGCCAUGAGUUUCCCUAACAAUGAGGCUCUGACAACCAUCUACACCAGCAUUCUGAGCCAGCAUAUGCAGCAAGCAGGCUUCCUUACCCCAGUACAGAAGUUUGGCCCCAGUGUGGUUACAGGAGCCCUGAGUCUCCACCAGAAGAUCUCGAGCUCCUUCCUGCCCACUGCUAUCAAGUUCCACUACAUCUUCAAUCUCCGGGACCUCUCCAACAUCUUCCAGGGAAUGCUAUUUGCACAAUCGGACUGUGCCAAAACCCCAGCAGAUCUGGUUCGUCUGUGGAUGCAUGAAGCAGAGAGAGUGUACCGAGACAAGCUUGUAGAAGAAUCAGACAUGGAAAGUUAUGACAAGCUUAUGAAGGAUGUGAUCAAAAAGAUCUUUGAAGAUCUUGAUGAGGCUGUUGUACUGAAAAAACCUCUCAUCUUUUGCCACUUUGCCUCAGGUAUUGGUGAUCCCAAAUACUUGCCUAUUGAUUCAUGGCCUGAUCUGAGUAAGCUGCUGACAGAGGCACUGGAUAACUACAAUGAACUCAAUGCUGCCAUGAACCUUGUUUUGUUUGAGGAUGCCAUGAGUCAUAUCUGUCGAAUCAACCGAAUUCUUGAAUCCCCUCGUGGCAACGCUUUGCUGAUUGGUGUAGGUGGUAGUGGAAAACAGUCCUUGUCUAGACUAGCAGCUUUUAUCAGUAGUCUGGAUGUCUUCCAGAUAACUCUGCGCAAAGGCUACAGUAUUGUAGAUUUGAAAGCAGACUUGGCAGGUCUGUACCAGAAAACUGGCUUGAAGGGUAUGGGAAUGGUGUUCCUGAUGACUGAUGCCCAGGUAUCUGAUGAGAGGUUCUUGGUGUUAAUAAAUGAUCUGUUGGCUUCUGGUGAGAUAACAGAUUUGUUUGCUGAUGAUGAAGUUGAGGAAGUGAUCAAUGGAGUAAGAAAUGAGGUGAAAGGACAAGGCUUGGAAGACACCAGGGAAAACUGCUGGAGGUUUUUCAUCGACAGAGUCCGCAGGCUCCUCAAGGUGGUGUUGUGCUUCUCACCUGUGGGAUCUACACUUCGUGUCCGUGGACGUAAAUUCCCUGCAGUUGUCAACUGCACAUCAAUUGAUUGGUUCCAUGAAUGGCCAGAAGAGGCUCUUAUAUCUGUCAGUGGAAGAUUCUUACAAGACACUGAGAGCUUGGAUGUUGAAACAAGAAGUUCUGUGAGUGAGUUCAUGGCAUAUGUACACAAGUCAGUGAAUCAGAUCAGUUCUAAAUAUCUGAGCAAUGAGAAGCGUUACAACUACACCACACCCAAGUCCUUCCUGGAACAAAUUGUUCUGUACCAGAACCUUCUGCAGAUGAAGAAUCAAGAACUUCAAGCAAAGAUUAUACGUCUAGAGAAUGGUCUGGAGAAACUCCGUAGCACUGCAUCACAGGUGGAUGACCUCAAGUCGAAGUUGGCUUCACAAGAAGUAGAGUUGGCCCAGAAAAAUGAAGAUGCAAACAAACUAAUCCAGAUUGUUGGUGCUGAGACAGAGAAAGUGACAAAGGAGAAAACUAUUGCUGAUGAAGAGGAGAAAAAGGUUUCUCAGAUCACUAUUGAAGUAGAGAAGAAACAGAGGGAUUGUGAGUCUGAUCUUGCCAAGGCUGAACCUGCCCUGUUGGCAGCCAAGGAGGCCCUCAACACCCUUAACAAGGGUAACUUGACAGAAUUGAAGUCCUUUGGAGCUCCACCAGGAGCUGUUGUAAACGUUACUGCCGCUGUUAUGUGUCUCCUGGCACCGGGUGGUAAAGUGCCCAAAGACAAGAGUUGGAAGUCAGCUAAGAGUUCUAUCAUGGCAAAGAUUGACCAGUUCUUGGAGAACCUCAUCAACUAUGACAAAGAUAACAUUCCCGAACCAUGCUUGAAGGCUGUACAACCAUACCUUAGUGACCCAGAGUUUAACCCAGAUUUCAUUCGCAACAAAUCCUUUGCUGCCUCUGGUCUCUGUUCAUGGGCAAUCAACAUUGUCAGUUACUAUGAAGUUUACUGUACUGUCGAACCAAAGAGAAUGGCAUUGAAACAAGCUAAUGAUGAACUGUCUGCUGCUCGUGAAAAACUCAAAGGCAUCAAGGCCAAGGUAGCAGACUUGGAAGCCACACUUGCAAAAUGUCAGGCUGAGUUUGAGAAAGCCACAAAUGAUAAAUUACGUUGCCAACAAGAGGCUGAAACCACAGCAAAGACCAUUGAACUUGCCAACAGAUUGGUUGGUGGACUUGCAUCAGAGAAUGUCAGAUGGGCAGAUUCCAUCAACAGUUUCAAGGAACAAGAGAAGAGCUUGCCUGGUGAUGUGCUGUUGAUUACAGCUUUCAUUUCCUAUGUAGGUUGCUUCACAAAGACCUACCGUCUGGAGCUUAUGGACAGUUGUUGGUUGCCAUUCUUGCAAAACCUGAAAUAUCCUAUACCUACAUCUGAUGGCCUGGACCCACUGACUCUGCUUAUUGAUGAUGCUGAUGUUGCUGAGUGGAACAACCAAGGCCUCCCAGGAGACAGAAUGUCCACAGAGAAUGCCACAAUCCUCACCAGAUGUGAAAGAUGGCCCCUCAUGAUAGAUCCUCAGUUGCAAGGUAUCAAGUGGAUCAAGAGCAAGUAUGGUGCAAACCUGAAGACAGUUCGUCUUGGAGCCAAAGGGUACCUUGAUAUCAUAGAGAAUGCUGUUCAGUCAGGUGAUACUGUUCUCAUUGAGAACAUAGGAGAGAGCAUGGACCCUGUGUUAGAUGCUCUACUUGGAAGAAACACAAUCAAGAAGGGCCGUGCUAUAAAAAUGGGUGACAAGGAGGUGGAAUACCACAAAGACUUCCGUCUGAUUCUUCAGACCAAGCUUGCAAAUCCUCACUACAAACCUGAGAUGCAGGCACAGACCACUCUCAUCAACUUCACUGUCACCAUUGAUGGUCUGGAGGAUCAGUUACUGGCUGAUGUUGUCAGCAAAGAACGACCUGAUCUGGAGAAAAUGAAAUCUGACCUCACAAGGCAGCAAAAUGAAUUCAAGAUCACACUGAAAAAGCUAGAAGACAACCUUCUGGCUAGGCUAUCUGCUGCUGAGGGGAACUUUUUAGGUGAUUAUGCACUUGUAGAGAACCUGGAGACCACCAAGAGAACUGCUGCUGAGAUUGAGGUGAAGGCUGAGGAGGCUAAAGUGACUGAGGUUGAGAUCAACACUGCCAGAGAGAACUACCGACUUGCUGCUGCCAGGGCAUCACUUCUGUACUUCAUCAUGAAUGAGCUGCACAAGAUCAACCCCAUGUAUCAGUUCUCAUUGAAGGCGUUUAGUGUCGUGUUUGACAAGGCUAUCGACCGAGCAGAACCCGCCGAGGAGGUGAAGCAGAGAGUUAUUAACCUGAUUGACUGUAUCAGCUACUCUGUCUGUGUCUACACCACCAGGGGUCUGUUUGAGAAGGAUAAACUUAUCUUCACAACACAAAUGGCUUUCCAGAUCUUGCUGAAGAGCAAUGAGUUGAAUCCAGUGGAGCUGGAUUUCCUCUUGAGAUUCCCUUCAGUGCCGAAUCUUACUUCACCGGUUGACUUCAUGAAUAAUAACUCAUGGGGAGGCAUCAAGGCUCUAGCUAAUAUGGAUGAAUUCCGGAACCUGGACAGAGACAUUGAAGGUUCAGCUAAACGAUGGAAGAAGUUUGUAGAGAGUGAGUGUCCAGAGAAAGAAAAAUUCCCCCAGGAGUGGAAGAACAAAACAUCUCUCCAGAAGCUGUGUAUGAUGAGAGCUCUGCGACCCGACAGAAUGUCCUAUGCUGUCAGUCACUUCAUCGAGGAGAAACUUGGAUCCAAGUACACUGAAGGCCGUAGUGUGGAAUUUGCGAAGUCAUUUGAGGAAUCAGGUCCUGGCACCCCAAUCUUCUUCAUCCUGUCACCUGGUGUUGAUCCUCUCAAGGAUGUGGAAGCUCUGGGUAAAAAGAUGAGCUUCUCUGAGGAUGACAAGAACUUCCAUAACAUCUCCCUGGGUCAAGGCCAGGAGAUUGUUGCAGAGCAGGCUAUGGAUCUUGCAGCUAAGGAAGGUCACUGGGUUGUGUUGCAGAACGUCCAUCUUGUGGCAAAAUGGCUGCCUAGUCUGGAGAAGAAACUUGAGCAGUACACUGAGGAAAGUAACCCCAACUACAGAGUCUUCAUCAGUGCAGAGCCAUCCGGCACCCCAGAGUCACACAUCAUACCUCAGGGAAUCCUGGAGACAGCUAUCAAGAUUACAAAUGAGCCCCCUACUGGCAUGUUUGCCAAUCUGCACAAAGCUCUUGACAACUUUAACCAGGAUACCCUAGAGAUGUGCGCCAGAGAGACCGAGUUUAAGAGUAUACUCUUCUCUCUCUGCUACUUCCAUGCAGUGGUGUGUGAGAGGAGGAAGUUCGGCCCCCAGGGAUGGAACAGGGUGUACCCCUACAACACUGGUGAUCUGACAAUCAGUGUCAAUGUGUUGUACAACUAUCUUGAAGCUAAUGCUAAAGUUCCAUGGGAAGAUCUGAGGUACCUGUUUGGAGAGAUUAUGUAUGGCGGACACAUCACAGAUGACUGGGACAGACGCUUGUGCAAGACAUACCUGGAGGUGUACAUGCAUGUAGAGAUGCUUGAUGGAGAGUUGUUCCUGGCUCCAGGCUUCCCUGUGCCUUCCAACUCGGACUACAAGGGUUACCAUAGCUACAUUGAUGAGGUCCUGCCACCAGAGAGUCCUUAUCUGUAUGGCCUCCAUCCCAAUGCUGAGAUUGAAUUCUUGACCACAAUAUCGGAGAAUCUGUUCCGUACUGUGUUUGAGAUGCAGCCUCGAGAUGCUGGUGCAGGAGCAGGGGCUGGAGUCAGCAGGGAGGAGAAGGUGAAGCAAAUACUGGAUGAAAUCGUUGAGAAACUGCCUGACGAAUUCAACAUGGUGGAGAUCAUGGGCAAGGUACCACCAGAGGAACGAACACCCUAUGUGGUGGUUGCCUUUCAGGAGUGUGAGAGGAUGAACAUGCUGUCAAAUGAGAUGAGGAGGUCACUGAAAGAACUCGACCUUGGUCUCAAGGGUGAGCUCACCAUCACAGCUGACAUGGAAGAUUUAAGUAAUGCCCUGUUCAUGGACUUGGUGCCAGCCAACUGGACAAAACGUGCAUACCCAUCACUGUUCACCCUGGGUUUAUGGUAUGCUGACCUGCUGCAGAGGGUCAAGCAGCUGGAAUCCUGGAGCUCAGACUUCCAGUUGCCUGCCUCUGUCUGGCUGGGUGGCUUCUUCAACCCACAGUCAUUCCUAACUGCUAUCAUGCAGCAGAUGGCUCGUAAGAACGAGUGGCCUCUUGACCGAAUGUUCUUGCAAUGUGAUGUCACAAAGAAGGUCCGAGAGGAUAUGGCAGGGCCUCCAAGGGAAGGUGCUUAUGUACAUGGCUUCUUCAUGGAGGGAGCGCGAUGGGACACACAGACGGGUAUGAUAUCAGAAGCUCGUCUCAAAGAACUGGCUCCAGCCAUGCCAGUCAUGUUCAUCAAGGCCAUUCCUGUAGACCGAGUAGACACAAGGAAUGUCUAUGAGUGUCCAGUCUACAAGACCAAAUCACGUGGUCCAACAUUCGUCUGGACUUUCAAUCUCAAGACCAAGGAGAAGGCCAGUAAGUGGAUCCUUGGAGGAGUGGCUCUUCUGCUUCAGACAUAGAGAAUAAAUCGAUUCUGAAUCAGACUAGUUUUGUACCAUAGAAGUGUGGCAAAUAAGAUAUAGGCAAUAACAAAUUACCUGUGAAACACUGUUUUAAAAUGCAAAGACAUUGUUCCAUAAGAUCAAAACCAAUUUCAUCAGUAAAAAUGUUUGCACCAAAAUGCCAACAUACUGUGGUUUUCUUCCAAACUAUAACAGUAUUUAGAAAUGUGUUAAUGAUUUACGUUUGGAAGUAUUAAUCUGCUAGUCAAGAUAGCUCAUUUAUCGUACAAGCUUUCAUAGACAAGAAUUAUUCAACUAUUGAUUGUUUUAGCUAAAGGCAAUAUUCCCAGAACAGCUGUGUUUACUUCUUAAGGUUUGUUUCAAAUUCUAAGCAGUUUGUAUGUUUGUUGGCAGUGUUCUAGUUAAUGAAUUAAUACAAAUUACCAAGUCUCUUUUUGAACAUGUCAUAAAAUUUAACUUGACUAUUUGAAAACUAUAUUGUUAUCUUUCUUUUUUCAUGUCUAUGAUAUCAGUAUUAAGUAUUGUUCUCUUACUGAAUAUUGAUUUCAAAAGUAGUAUCACUGAAACUAUAUGUCAAUAAAAUAUUGAAUGUUAUUUUGGAAGAUCAACAUCCUGUCCAUUCAUCUCCUGUUGUACUUUUUGAACAUGUCAUAAAAUUUAACUUGACCAUUUGAAAACUAUAUUGUUAUCUUUUUUCAUGUCUAUGAUAUCAGUAUUAAGUAUUGUUCUCUUACUGAAUAUUGAUUUCAAAAGUAGUAUCACUGAAACUAUAUGUCAAUAAAAUAUUGAAUGUUAUUUUGGAAGAUCAAAAUCCGUCCAUUCAUCUCCUGUUGUACUUGUAUUUAUUGCUGCAGUUUGUGAUGUUAUUUUGAUUCAUUCCAACUGUUAUUUUUUGGAAAUGAAUACCAUUCAAACAAUUGUUGCCAUGUUACAUUUACACUAAUAAAUUAUUUAUAUAAUA